AUGCCUCUGGAAGUCCGACAAGUGGAAAAGAACGACAUCGCCGACAUCGCCAAGAUGGACCGCAUUGUCAUGAAAGAUGUCGGUAUCUCUAAUGCCAUCUGGAGAAUACAGGAGGCAGAAAAUAUCGACAUCACAUACGCGUUCGAACGAUUCAUCUCAAAUGGCAUGGAGCAUCAUGCAGAAACAUUCUGGAAGGUCGUCGACACGGAAAGUAACGAGAUGAUUUCGGUCGCCAAAUUUUCAUUUCAAUAUCAUGAAGGCGAGGCGUACCAAGAUACACCUGUGGAAGGCGAGGAACCUCCGCCUAAAAAGCUGCUGGAGUUUUUCACAGCACUCAAUGAAAAAUCGAACGAAUUUGCUAAGGAGAACUUUACGGGCAGACCGCAUGCGCGUACACGUGGAGCUGCACACAUGCUGCUCGACAAGGGCACAAAGAAAGCCGACGAAGCAGGACUGGACAUGUAUCUUCAAGCGUCUUUGAUGGGAGCCGAAUUAUACAAGAAGUUUGAAUUCGAGGUGGUGUCGGUCGAGGAGAUCGACCUGAGUCAGUGGGGAGUAGACAAGGUCGACACGCGCACGUACAUGAAGAGAGUGACUCGAGGA